AUGGUCGCCGACACGCUCGUCUACCACCCCUCGGUGGCUCACUACCUCCGCUUCGUCGCCACCACCGUCGGCCGCGACAAGAUCCUCCGCACCCUGCAGUACUUUGCCCGCUUCUACGCCUGGUACCUCCUGCGCACCAACGGCACCCCUUCGCAAAUGGCCCCCUGGAACGCCAUCAAGAAGCAGUUCGGCCUCGUCCGCAAGUUUAUGCGCUUCGGCAAGAAUCUAGAGCACGUGAAAGCCGCCGCCCAGGCCGCCGACGCAAAGACGCUCGAGCCCUUUUUGCGCUACGCCGCCGUCGGCCGCCAGAUUGGCUAUGCGGGCUACCUGUCGUUUGACAUGCUGACACUGGGCGACGCCGCCGGCAUCCGCAAGUGGUCCGCCGCAAAGACGCUGACGCAACAUGCCUAUCGCUUCUGGGCCAUGGGGCUGGUCUUCAGCGUUGCGGCGCAGCUGUAUACGCUGGUUAGGCUGAAGGAGCGCGAGGCAAAGAUUGACCGCAAGGACGGGGAGGGCGUUGUCGAGAGCAAGCAGAUCCUAAAGGAACGCUUCGCCAGCCGCCUCCAGCUCGUCUCCGACGUCUGCGACUUGACCGUCCCCCUCACCGCCCUCAACUGGGUCGGAUUCGACGACGGCUUCGUCGGCCUAGCCGGAACAGUCAGCAGUGUCAUCGGCGUUUACUCCCAGUGGAAGAAGACCGCCGCCUAG